AUGGAAACUAGUUCUUCUAUUAUGGAUACUUCUAACGCUAAUAAAAUUCUUAAAACGAUUCAGUCGGUAUUGGACGAAGAAGGGGAGGAAGAUGCUGCAGCUUUACAAGACAAUUUCGAUGUUGAAGACCUCCCGGCUGGUGCGGAAGUCUCUGUUCCUUGGUUGCUGGAGGAAAAACCCAGUACUGAUCAAACAAGGCCUCCGGUUCCGUGUAGCAGUUCAACUGUGCCCAAGCAGUUUGAGGAUGAUGAUUCUGAUGAAGCUAUAGUGAAAUACAAAUCUUUUAAGAGUUUCGAUACAGUUGAAUAUUUCUAUGACCACCAUUAUAAGAAAAACUCAGUCACCAAGUCAAAGCAAGCAUCACAGAAGUGGUCAAAGGCAAUUCAGCAGGACUGGAGACUUCUGGAGAAGGAUUUUCCAGACAUUAUAUUUGUCAGAGCUUAUGAAGAAAGAAUGUAUCUUUUAAGGGUUGUCAUUGUUGGUGAAGCUGAGACUCCUUAUCACGACGGCCUCUUCUUCUUCAAUAUUCGCUAUCCGGCAGAGUAUCCUGAUACACCACCACUAGUCAACUACCAUGCACAUAAUCUGUGUUUAAAUCCAAACUCGUACGAAUGUGGAUAUGUUUGCCUUAGUCUUAUCAACACAUGGAAGGGGAAUACCGUUGAGCGUUGGACACCAGGGCAAUCCACUAUGCUGCAAGUUCUUUAA